AUGACCUCAAGACCAGUAGUCAGCGUAUAUUCAAAGGACGGAUCAGCUGAAGUUGUAGACAGCCUCCCAAUGCCAGCUGUAUUCACUGCCCCAAUCAGAGACGAUAUCGUUCACUUCGUUCACACCAACAUGUCCAAGAACAGAAGACAAGCUCAUGGAGUUUACCACAAAGCUGGUAUGGAACACUCUGCUGAGUCAUGGGGAACUGGAAGAGCCGUCGCAAGAAUCCCAAGAAUUGGAGGUUCAGGUACCUCUAGAUCAGGUCAAGGUGCUUUCGGUAAUCAGUGCAGAAAGGGUAGAAUGUUCGCCCCACUCAAGACCUACAGAAGAUGGCACAGAAAGAUCAAUCUCAACCAGAGAAGACACGCCGUCGCCUCAGCUAUUGCUGCUUCAGCUGUCACCCCUCUAGUUCUCGCCAGAGGCCACAGAGUUAACAACGUCCCAGAGCUACCACUCGUUGUUGAGAACCUCAAUGCUGAGACCACCAAGACUCUCCUCAAGACCCUCGUUGGACUUGGUGCUGGAGAAGAUCUUAAGAGAUCAAGACAAUCAAGAAAGGUCAGAACCGGCCAAGGUAAAAUGAGAAACUCAAGAUAUGUCCUCAGAAAGGGACCUCUUGUUGUUUACGGUGAUGAGAACAACCUCGUCAAGAGAACCGCCAGAAACCUUCCAGGUGUUGAGACUGUCAAUGUUCACAGACUUAACCUCCUCCAACUCGCCCCAGGUGGUCACCUCGGUAGACUCGUUAUCUGGACCAGAGAUGCCUUCAAGGCUCUUAACAAGAUCUUCGGAAACUACAGAGCAAAGGGUAUUGAGAAGAGCGGAUACGUUCUUAACAGAAACGUUAUGACCUGCGCUGAUCUCGCCAGAAUCAUCAACUCUGAUCAAGUUCAAUCCAAGCUUAGACAAGUUAGAUCCCACGUUGUCCUCCACGACAAGCAAAAGAAGAACCCACUCAAGAACAGAGGUCUCAUGCACAGACUCAACCCACAUGAUGCCGUCAGAAGAGCUGCUGAGAAGAAAGCUGAAGAAGACAGACACACCAAGAGAGUUACCAACGCUAAGGCCAACAGAAAGGUUACCAAGAAAUCCAAGGCUGAGAGAAGAAAGGCUUUCAUUACCCUCCAAGAAGGUCUCCAAGCUUCAUUCAAGCAUGCCGAAGAUAUCCUCCUCCAAGAAGUCAGAGAAGGUCAAGAUGUUGCUGAGGAAGAGAGCGAAGACGACGAAUGA